UUUACGUUUACUUUUAUUCUCAUUUACAACAAUGUCUUCGCAGCAACCGAAACAAACCACCUUGUACCAUCAUUCAUUGGUAGUGGUACCUCCACCACCGGCAAAAUUCACCCUAAGUGAAUGGCAUUUAAAUAAUUCGUUUAGGAAUAGAAUAUGCCUGGACCAACAAAAAUUAGCUGACUCCAUUAUUACCGAAAUCGAUAGAUCUAUAGACGAAGUACAAGAUAAAACUGACCUGAACAAAAGAGAAGUGGAUCACAAUUUAAAAGAAAAAAUUAAAGAUAUCGAAUUCAUUAAAUCGGAGAUAGAAAUACAAAGGAAAGAGGUGUGUAAAGAGGAAGAAAACUUGAAAAUGUACAUGGAAAGAAUUAAAGAUUGUUUGGAAGCAUGUCAAAAAAAUGGCUUAGAAAUUGUUAGAAAAUGUAUCAUACUUAGAGAAGGAAGGAUCGGAAUUGAUUUUUGCUACGACGAAGUAGACAGAGAAUUAAAAAAAGAAUUAUCAGUUUUAGAGGGUGGUAUAAGCUUGCUGAAUAGAACUUUGCAAGAAGCAAAUGAACAGAUCAGGCGUUUAAGAUCCACUUUUUACUUCAUGGAUCGUGACCUAACAGACAAAAGUACCACCCAUAAAAUUGAUAGUUUGAACAGUACUUUGACCAAUACCAGUCUGAAUCUCAGUAUAUACCAUGGAUUUUCACCAUUAGACCCUGCCAAUAUCACAUUACAAGAAUGGGAAAAAUUUACUCAAGAAAGCAUAAAUAAAGCUGCUAAAGAAAUUGCUUGUGCCAGGCAGCUUCGUUCUUAUGUGGACAUAUUGCUUAAACAAGCUAUCGAUGACAUGGAUAUGCAAUGUAACGCUACAAAUAAUGCAUUUAGACGAAGAAUUGAAGAAAUUAAAGAUAUAAAAAUGAGAAUGGAAGUGCAACAUUCCGAAGUUAUGAGGCAGGCAAACGAAAUGACAAGAACUAUAACAAAAUUAGAAAAGGCUUUGGUUGAAAAAGAAGGAUACAUGGCCCUGGCUCAUACUAGGUUAGGUAAUCGAGCGCAACGUCCUGGAGUUGAACUGUGUAAAGAUCUUGUUGAAAUAGCUCUAGUCAAUGAAGUCGCUGAGCUAAGAGGCAACUGUGCCAUUUUACAACAAAAAAUGGCAGAAGCUCAGGCUUCUUUACGAUACCUUCUAAAAACACAGAUUCAACUAGAGGAGGAUAUAAAUAUAAAAACCAAUUCAUUGAAGAUUGACGAAGUUGACUGCAUGAGUCUUCGACAAGCAAUGGAUUAUCAUAGUUUUUGAAUCUAAUAUUUUUACUACAUUGUGAGAAAUAUAAAUUGAAUAAAAAUCUAGUUGUAUCCUGCAAA